CCCCUCAGAGCCAGUGGUCAGGUCACAUGACUGUAAUGAUCCCCCUCAGAGCCAGUAGUCAGGUCACAUGACUGUAAUGAUCCCCCUCAGAGCCAGUAGUCAGGUCACAUGACUGGAUGUGGUGUCCUGAUUCUGACAGAAUAAUAGUUCACUGCCUACCGGCGUUGAAGCAAAAACCACACAGUAGGACUAAUUGUCCUCGCUACCUCAGCGGCUCCUUGCCUUAAUAAAUCCCUGCCGGCUCAAGAAGAAUCCCUUCAGCGCGCACUUUGUGAAACCUAAACAGACACUAGGCACAAGGAAUGUUCGGGAGCUGAGGUGGAUCCCGUGAUAUUAGAGGGCGGGGCUAUAAGCGAUUCUAUUUCUCGAUUGAGCAGCUGGGCCGGCAACAAUCCUGAGGGGGCGUGUGCAAGGUGACGUCACAGCUAAUUCCCGCCCAGCUGCUCUCCUCAUGGAGUAGGGAAUGUGACUGCUGACAGACAGGCUGAUUCUGCUUCUGCACGAGGAAAGGCGCCGCUCGCAGGGUAUCGGGUGAGACCGUGUAUCUGUAGAGAGGAGCCGGGAGGUGCUGUGGGUCGGCUGUGGGUCAUGCUUCGUUCCGACGGGAGGAGAGUGUUUGCCGGGAGGAAGUGUUCCCUGGACGGACUGUGCUGUGAGGAGCUGGAGGCCCGGGGGAGCAGGAGUCUGGGAAAUAAGUUCCCUCACAGAGGCGAGAUCCGGAGGAGCACGGAGUCUGAGGUGUUUGAUGAUGGAACCAACACUUUCUUCUGGAGAGCUCAUACUUUAACCGUACUGUUUAUCCUCACGUGUUCGCUCGUAUACGUCACCUUACUUGAAGAAACACCUCAAGAUACAGCGUACAAUGCAAAAAGAGGCAUUAUUGCCAGCAUAUUGGUUUUCCUGUGUUUUGGAGUUACCCAAGCUAAGGAUGGACCAUUUUCAAGACCUCACCCAGCCUAUUGGAGAUUCUGGCUGUGUGUCAGUGUGGUGUAUGAGCUUUUCCUCAUCUUUAUUCUUUUCCAGACUGUCCAUGAUGGGCGGCAGUUUAUGAAGUUUAUAGAUCCCAAAUUGGGUGUUCCGCUGCCUGAAAGAGAUUAUGGCGGGAACUGCCUAAUUUAUGACCCUGCUAACAAAACGGAUCCGUACCACAAUCUCUGGGAUAAAAUGGAUGGCUUUGUUCCGGCGCAUUUUCUUGGCUGGUAUAUAAAAACACUAGUGAUAAGAGAUUGGUGGAUGUGUAUGAUCAUCAGUGUGAUGUUUGAAUUCUUGGAAUACAGCUUGGAACACCAGCUGCCAAACUUCAGUGAAUGCUGGUGGGAUCAUUGGAUAAUGGAUGUGUUGGUGUGUAAUGGAUUUGGAAUCUAUUGUGGAAUGAAGACCCUGGAAUGGCUGUCCAUGAAACCUUACAAGUGGCAGGGACUUUGGAAUAUCCCUACUUACAGGGGUAAAAUGAAGAGAAUCGCCUUUCAAUUCACACCUUAUAGUUGGGUAAAGUUUGAAUGGAAACCUGCCUCAAGUCUUCGGCGCUGGUUGGCAGUUUGUGGAAUCAUAUUUGUAUUUUUAUUGGCCGAGCUCAAUACUUUUUACCUGAAAUUUGUCCUGUGGAUGCCGCCAGAACACUACUUGGUCUUGUUGCGCUUAGUCUUUUUCGUGAAUGUAGGAGGCGUAGCCAUGAGAGAGAUCUACGACUUUAUGGAUGACUUGAAAUUCCAUAAAAAGCUGGGGCAGCAGGCCUGGAUGGUGGCUGCUAUAACAGUGAGCGAGUUUCUCAUCGUUGUAAAAUAUGACCCGUACACCCUAACUUUGCCUUUACCCUUUUAUGUCACGCAAUGUUGGAUUCUGGGUAUCGUCCUGGUCCUUGCAUGGACAGUGUGGCGCUUCUUCAUUAGAGAUAUCACAUUGCGCUACAAAGAGAUCCGACAGCAAAAACAGCACAGAAACCAAGAGGAAAAAUCCCAGCGCAAUGGGGAAGUGAAUUCCGAAAAGGACAAACACAAAAAGCUCUGAAACAAAAUUCUGCCUCUGCGCCCGGCUCCAUGUUACUGAACAACAAUUGUACUUUUUAUAUUUUAAUGGAUGCUUCUGCUAUUUAAUAACGAAACGCCUCAACCUCACUUAUGUUUUGGUUUUUUUUCUUGUGGAAUAUAAACCGGAGCUUGAAGAGAUCAAUUCUGCCGAUUGCACAAGGCAACGAAUCUUUUCCAAUUUGGGAGUCGUUAUUUUUCUUUUUUAGUAUUUGAAGAAGAAGAUUUGACGUUUUCGUGUAGCGAGUGUUCUCAAGACUGUAACCCGUGGCGUUAUGCAUAUUUGUUAGAUAUUUCUGGUAAUUCCGUUUCUUUAAGGUUUUUUAUUAGAAUACUUCUGCAGAAUCUUUUACUAAUAAUAUUUUCAAAAUUUAGAACCGCACAGCAUGUAAAAUCCAGUCGUCUCGGCCGUUAACAGAUCCUGAAUCAAACUUGCGCUUUAGGAAGAUAGAGGCCUUGCUCAUUGCUAGCGUUGGGCUUUAGUCCGCUAAACUCAAUGAAAUUCCUGCACGU